UACUCAAUGUAAGCCUAUUUUCAUAUACAGAGCCCUCCCAAGCCUCGCCCUAGAUAUUUUACUUUUUUAAACCUUUCAUCUACCCUUCGUUCAUCACUAUAUUGCGCGGUCACACAUCUCUUCUCCCAAAUUUCCCAUCAUUGUAUUACGCAGCACUAGCAACGUCUGACUAUAUUCUUACAUGCCCAAGACAAUCACCCGCACCUACAACGCAAUAUCAACGAUACGCCCGGAAAGUGGCGAUCAUAGAAGCUUGUCGACACCUGCACACGCAUCGUUACUACUCAGUUAGCGUUAUUUCUAUAUAUCGGUUGCGUUGUGCUGCAAUAGUCAUCCAUUGCUCCAGCUACGCACGUAAGCAAUUGCAGUGCGUACGGCCGUUUUCCACAUUCGCUACCAGGGCGCUGGCCAUCUGCAACCGGGCAUCAGCUCCAGCGACAUAUAGUGGAUAUGUUUCCAACGCCUUCUCCACCACAUGGAAACUCUAGCCGUGCUUCGCCUUCCGUAACUGGCGAGAGAAAGGCACCCAAAGAGCAGCCCAGGAUACGCCGCAGAAAUCGUUUGAUUACAUCUUGCCUAGAAUGCCGUCGACGGAAACUCAAAUGCGACAAACUACAACCAUGUACCAAUUGCACAAAGUUCUCGCGCGAUUGUCUCUACAUUGCCCCAGCGCUGGACCCUGCUGGUCAGGCGAAGAUUGCGAAUCUCAAAGAGAAAAUGGGCAUGCUAGAGAAGACGCUGGAGGAGGACAUCGCACGCCGAACCAGGUCCGAACAAUCGAUUACCGGCAUGGGAGUUCUUUCCAAAUCUCAGCUCCCUGGUAUGGCAGAUGAUUUGAGUGACCAGGAAGACGAAGAAGAUGUUAAGGAUCUGGUCCCAACCUCAUUAGCUAUCGAGGAUGCCGCUUACUAUGAGGACGAAGACGUAAAUGAGGAUCUUAUCGAUCUUGGUAUCAGCCUGGGGAAACUUCGAAUCACGGAGAGAGUGGGUGGAUUUGUGAGGCCCAGAUUCAACGAAGAGCUCGGGCAAGCUAUCAAAAAGCUCCCUAAGACGGAGGACUCGAACUUGAAUCCUUUCCUCAAGCAAUCUCCAAGUACUUGGAUGGCGCCAGGCCAUGAAUAUAUUCCACCCUCAUCUUCGUUUUGCUUUUCCUCGGGGCUACACAAGACGACAUUGUUGACCCACUUACCAUCAAAAGUCAUGGUCGAUAAGUUAAUGGAUCAUUACUGGCGGGCAGUACAUAUUGUAGCUCGGACUGUCCAUCGUCCUUCUUUCGAAAGACAGUAUGAGAGAUUCUGGAAUGAUAUUUCUGUGGGCAUCGAGCCGCGGUCCUCAUUUCAAGCAGUCGUCUUCGCUGCUUUAUUAUCUUCGACGAUCAGUAUGACCGAGAAUAAGAUAUUGGAAGAAUUUGGCGUUGCGCGCGACAGUUUGGUUGACAACUUCAGGGAAGGCACUGAAGCAGCUUUAUCGAGGGCUAACUUCCUACACACUACAAGGUUGGAGACACUCCAGGCGUUUGUGAUGUAUUUGAUAUCGCUGUGCCGCGCUGAGGUUACUCGCGCUCACUCUGCCUUGACUGGUACUUGCAUCCGACUGGCAGAAUGCAUGUCCCUACACCGCGAUCCGUCCCAUUAUACCUCGAAUGCUAUCGAACAACACGUUCGCAGACUAGUUUGGUACCAGAUCUGUUUUCUCGACCUUCGCACAUGCGAAGCUACAGGGCCGCGCCCUCAGAUACGUCGGGAAGACUUCGAUACCCGCUUCCCAAACAAUAUCGACGAUGCCGACCUGGAGAAAGGGAUUCAAGUCAACGAAGACAGGAACUAUUUCACAGACAUGACCAUCAUGCGAAUGAGGAUCGAAUGCUAUGAGAUGCACCGUGUUCUCUGGACAGAGAGGCCAAAGCUCGACUCGAAGCGUACAACGCUUACUACUUUGCUCUCCAAGAUCCAAAGAUUUUGUCAGGCAAUGGAGAAAACCUACCUCCCUUUCUUGCAUAAGAAUCAGCCCCUACAUGUGCUGGCGAUGGAGAUAUACGGCAUUCUGAGCUGCAGGAUGUAUGUCAUGGUACUUCAGAAAUUUACCUCCACACACUACCGAAUUAUGCCGGAGCGACUGCGCUCAAUGAGCAUGAGCUGUGCGAUCAUGACCCUCGAGCACUCAAUGGUCAUUGAAACAACCCCCGCUCUUUCGACGUGGUCUUGGUAUGUAGGGGCUCUCCAUCAGAAUCACGCGGCACUAUUGCUGCUUUCCGAAUUCUACAUAACAAAUGAGCGUGACCCCUCAGUCGAAGCCCGGAUUUGGCGUUGUCUGGAUCAUGUCUUCAGUCUUUCGCCCUCGAUUACUGGAGAAGCAAAAUGUCGGAUGGUCCUUGAGGAACUGAGGGGCCGCAUCGAAACAUAUCACGCAACAAGGCGCGUUCGCGCUCCAGCAAGGAUGGAACACGCAGGACCUCCAGAAGAUCCAGGAGCUAGCGAGCAACGAGAUCGCCGUAGCUCGUCUGUUCAGUCUGGUGUGUCUUCAUCUUUCACUGUGAGCAGUGGCAAUUCGUCACAUCACCUUCAACCCGGCUAUCAACACCAAUCUCAAAUGGCCAAUUUAGAUAGCAUGGCGAGUCUCAACUACAGCCUAGGGGCUGGUAACUCUCCUGCACUACAUCCUCAGGCUUCUGCCGAGGUGCAUAAUUAUACUUUUGCUGGACCUGCCCAUGACGGGACAAUUUCACAAAGUGCAGGGACAGGCACGUCGCCUUCUCAAGGCCAACAUAGCCACGAGCAGAGCGAAUCUAGCAUUACUACUGGCAGCAGCAGUGAACCCAAUAAUGCAGCUGGUAUGCUUGGUGGCACUGGUGGCUCGCCCCUGGACAUGCUACCCGAGAUCGACUGGGUGAGUUCCUACUUUCCGUUCCAACAAGAAUACGAUUAGAAAUUACGUAUACCCUGUUUGCGUUCCAUUGCAUUUGUUGGCACUUCUACCCCCUGGGGUCAUUGAAACCAUGUCUUAAAAUAUGCUGUAUCCUAUCCUGUCGUUUCGAACCCACACGUCCAACCAUAUUAUAGCAUUGGAGCCU